AACUAUACAUUGGCCGAUCACGAUCGUGUCAGUCGAUUGCCAGCAGCGGCAGUAAGUGGACGUGGCAUUGAAAAUUCUGUUUAUCUUUAUAAAAAUUCGCGAGUGAUAAUAAUCGCGCGUGAAUUCUUUUUCGACACAAAAUCAUUAUCUGGAUUUUUGUACGCGCACGCCGCCGCCGACUGGCCAAUAACUCAUCAUCAGCCAUAUGAGGCGAAGCUGCGAGCCGUUAUUGAAGUAAGCCCCAAGCACCGCAGCCAUGUCGUCCAAGGCCAUAUACGAGGCGAGCGGCAAGGACCUCAUCAACAGACACAUAGCGUCGGGCACGGCGCUGGUGCCGUGUCGGUUCGCCACCUUCGAACAGAACACCGUCUGGGAAGACGAACUCGGGAAAAACCCAUGGCUCGCCAAAGAACAACUGGUGGUGAAGCCGGACCAGCUGAUUAAGCGGCGCGGCAAGCUUGGGCUGGUGGGCGUCAACAAGGCGGCCGCCGACGUGCGGCGCUGGCUCGCCGACCACAUGGGCAAGGAGCAGGCCGUCGGCGCAUGCGUCGGCAACCUGCGCCACUUCAUCGUCGAGCCCUUCGUCAAGCACGACGCGAACGAGGAGAUGUACAUCUGCAUCCAGUCGGGACGCCGCUCGGACACGAUCCUGUUCCACCACCAGGGCGGCGUGGACGUGGGCGACGUCGACGCGCUCGCCAUCAGGCUCGAGAUACCCGUGGACACGUUCCCGACCGGCGAGGACAUAGACCAAGUGUUGCUCAAAAACAUCAAGUCGGUAACCAUUAAAAGGAUCCUGACGACGUUCAUCCUGGAGCUGUACCGCGUGUACGUGGACCUGUACUUCACGUACAUGGAGAUCAACCCGCUGGUGGUGACGGGCGAGCGCAUUUACCUGCUGGACCUCGCCGCCAAGCUCGACCAGACCGCCGACUUCAUCUGCGCCAAGAACUGGGGCGACAUCACCUUCCCGCCGCCCUUCGGCCGCGACGCCUACCCCGAGGAGGCGCACAUCGCGGACCUCGACGCCAAGAGCGGCGCCAGUCUCAAGCUGACGGUGCUGAACAAGUCGGGGCGCAUCUGGACGAUGGUGGCGGGCGGCGGCGCGUCCGUGGUGUACACCGACACCAUCUGCGAGCUGGGCGGCGCGGCCGAGCUCGCCAACUACGGCGAGUACUCCGGCGCGCCCACCGAGAGCCAGACCGCCGACUACGCCAAGACCAUCUUCAGCCUCAUGUGCCGCGACAAGCACCCCGACGGGAAGGUUCUGAUUAUCGGCGGCGGCAUCGCGAACUUCACGAACGUGGCGGACACGUUCCGCGGCAUCAUCACCGCCAUGAAGACGUACAAGGACGCGCUGCUGCAGUACAACGUCACCAUCUUCGUGCGGCGCGGCGGACCCAACUACCAGGAGGGGCUCAGACAAAUGCGUGAGGUGGGCCAGCGUCUGCGCAUCCCGCUGUACGUGUUCGGGCCUGAGAGCAACAUGACGGCCAUCGUGGGUCUCGCGCUCGGCCACGCGCCCAUCCCCAAGGAACAUCAGCUCGAUUACGCGCCCAAGCAGCUGCCCAAGCCACAGCCUGCUACGAAGCCGCCGGCGCCCCCGGCGAGCGUGUCGGCGCGCGAGGUGGAGCGCGCGUGCUCGGCGGCGCGCGCGCGGGAGUCGUCAGCGACGGUCGGCGCGCGCGCACUCUUCUCCGACCGCACCAAGGCCAUCGUCUGGGGCAUGCAGAACCGCGCCAUACAGGGCAUGUUGGACUUCGACUACAUCUGCCGUCGUGCGGAGCCGUCGGUGGUGGCGAUCGUGUACCCCUUCACCGCCGACCACAAGCAGAAGUACUACUUCGGCAACAAGGAGGUGUUCAUACCAGUGUUCUCGGACAUGGACGUGGCGAUGCGCAAGCACCAGGAGGCAACCGUGCUCGUCAACUUCGCGUCGCUGCGGUCCGCGUACGACAGCACCAUACAGGCGAUGCAGCAUCCCCAGAUCAACACAGUGGUCAUCAUCGCUGAAGGCAUCCCCGAAAACAUGACGAGGAAAAUCAUCAAACUUGCUGACGCUCGCGGAGUCAACAUCAUCGGGCCCGCGACCGUGGGCGGCAUCAAGCCCGGCUGCUUCAAGAUCGGCAACACCGCCGGCAUGAUCGACAACAUCGUGGAGAGCAAGCUCUACAGACCCGGCAGCGUGGCAUACGUGUCGCGGUCGGGCGGCAUGAGCAACGAGCUCAACAACAUCAUAUCGAAGGAGGCGGACGGCGUCUGCGAGGGAGUCGCCAUCGGCGGCGACCGCUACCCCGGCACCACCUUCAUCGACCACUUGAUCAGGUACGAGGCGGACCCGCAGGUGAAGAUGCUGGUGCUGCUGGGCGAGGUGGGCGGCGUGGAGGAGUACCACGUGUGCCGCGCCAUCAAGGACGGCAUCAUCAAAAAACCCAUCGUGGCGUGGUGCAUCGGCACCUGCUCGGACAUGUUCACAUCGGAGGUGCAGUUCGGUCACGCCGGCUCGCUGGCGGGCUCGGAGAUGGAGAAGGCGGCCGUGAAGAAUGCGGUACUACGCUCGUACGGCGUCACCGUGCCGGACUCCUUCGACGGUCUCGGCGCCGCUGUCAACCAGGUCUACCAGAAGCUCGUCAAGGAGGGCAAGAUCAUCGUCAAGGAGGAGGUCGAACCGCCCAAAGUGCCCAUGGACUAUGACUGGGCGAGGAAACUGGGCAUAAUCCGCAAGCCGGCGGCGUUCAUCAGCACGAUCUGCGACGAGCGCGGGCAGGAGCUGUCGUACUGCGGCGUGCCCAUCAGCCAGGUGCUCGAGCGACAGCUCGGCGUCGGCGGCACCAUCAGCCUGCUCUGGUUCCAGCGUGAGCUGCCGGACUGGGCGAGCAAGUUCCUGGAGCUGGUGCUGAUCGUGACGGCGGACCACGGGCCGGCCGUGUCCGGCGCCCACAACACCAUGGUCACCGCACGCGCCGGCAAGGACCUCAUCUCGUCCGUCGUCAGCGGGCUGCUCACCAUCGGCGACCGGUUCGGCGGAGCGCUGGACCGCGCGGCGGCCGACUUCUGCGCCGCUUAUGACAAGGGACAGCACCCGCAGGAGUUCGUUAACGAGAAGCGCGCCAAGGGAGAACUCAUCAUGGGCAUCGGACACAGAGUGAAGUCGAUCAACAACCCGGACUCGCGCGUGCGCGAGCUGAAGGCGUACGUGACGUCGCGCUGGCCGGCGUGGCCCGUGACGCGGUACGCGCUGGACGUGGAGGCCAUCACCACGCGCAAGAAGCCCAACCUCAUCCUCAACGUCGACGGCAUCGUGGCCGCCGCCAUGGUCGACCUCUUCCGACACUGCCAGCUCUUCACUCAGGAAGAAGGCAACAACUACAUCCACAUGGGCUCGAUCAACGCGCUGUUCGUGUUGGGCCGCACCAUCGGGCUGGUGGGCCACUACCUCGACCAGAAGCGCAUGAAGCAGCCGCUGUACCGCCACCCGUGGGACGACAUCACCUACAUGUCGCCGCUCAACUAAACGCCCGCCCGCAAACCAACCUUUCGUAAACACACGAUAUGCAGCAUUAGGUGAUAGUCUGGUCUCGCCAUAGCCUCGGUGGCUUCUCAGACUCGUGGAUAUGCAUUUAGCGGGUAAAAUUAUAUCAAGCGAGUUGUCGCCUCUACGUGACUGUUGCACUACCCUUGUUCACCAAAACCUUUAUGACACCAGUUAACGAACAAAAGCGAAAAUCAAAGCUGGUGCAUUAAACCACUUGCUCUGUUCUCUUUGGCACCUUUUUGAAUAAAGGUCUUACGCCAUGUCCAAUAUUAAUUUGUAAUGUGAUAUAAUAUUUAUAGAAAUAUAUAAUUGAAUGCAUUUUAAUUGCAAGUGGGUUGCCUCGCCAGCUAGCUCUGUUUAGCUCUGUUUGUUAGAUCACACAUUUAGAACUUGAUUUGCUUAUGUCGUGUAUUUAUUUAAAGGCACCAGACGGGUUGGUAUCUAGUUAUUAGCGAAUUAAAUAAUUUAUUUUUGUGUCUAGUUUUUUCCUAUUCAAAAUCUAGACUUUCGAAAAUUAUUUAUUCGGAGCGCACGCUACACUUUAAGGACCGAGGCUCUCAAACGGCGCCGGCCACGACGGCUGGUUUUUUAUGUAUAAAGUAUAAACAUUAUUUUAUAGCUUUCAUGUUUGUUAUGUGAUAAGGAGGCUUUGUGUCAGCGUUAAUGAAAUAUGAGCACCAAGCGUAUUGUUAUAAGGUUUAUAAUAUAGUUAGCAUAUAAAUAUAUGUUCUCGUUCUGCCGUGGUCCGUGUUAGUGAGCGUCGGGCCUUGGAUGUUAGUUUCUGUAGAGUGGAGGAACAGAGGCGGGAGGUCGCGGGGGAAGCCGCGGGCGCGAUAUUGUUUCACACGAACUAGACUAGUUAAAUGUAGUUAUUUAUUAAGUAAUGUUAUCUUAGAACAACUGUUAGACUUAUAAGCGUUUCAUUGUGAGCACAAUAAAAUAAUCUUAUGUAUAUUUUGAAUUGGGUUGAUUAAUUGUAUUUUUUUUUUAUUGUUUAAAUUGAAUUGUUAAUAAAUCAAAUAUCAUGAUGUAUAAUAUGUCAUCAGUGGGAGCGGCGACCCUCGCGUCCGCUCGUCUCUGUGCUGCUGAGUAACUGCUGGAAUGUGCACGCCAAGUACAACAUAACGCCACAUUCACGUGUAGAGUUAUAUCGAUGUUUUGUAGCGCACGUAACGACUCCAACGUUCCGAAGGCGCGAUCGUUGGCGAUCAAUGUUCGUUAUGAUACGUGUUUUAACGUAUCGAGUUGUAAACAUAGUCGUGUGUCGUUGUUUCUCUAAAUACGUAACUGAACAACAUAACAUUACGUUAAUUGAACUACGACACAGAUCAGGUUCGUGUCGCGGCGUUUGUUGAAGGUGAACACUCGCGCUUUCAGAACAUUAGAGAUUCUCUACGUGAGCAUGUAAGGGGUUGUUAACUGUAUAGAAUAUAUUUUUUAUCUUCAAAUGUAAGAAAAAUUGCUUUUAUACGCGAAAACAAACAUCAUUCCAUACUUCAUUUUAUUUAUUUUACGACGGACAUGCGUACUGAAUUUAUUCAUUGUAUAUUGUGAUCGUGCGGUUUCGUCCGCCGUGCCUGACGUCAUCCUGUGGGAAUCUGUUUACAUGCCGACUGGAUCCUGGGUUACUAAGCAGGCAGUUCCCACGGGAUGCAAACUAUGACUAAAAAUCCAUUAUUUCUAGAUAAGUCGAUAAUACAGAAUAUAGAAAACUUUUAUAUACAGAUUACGUCGGACAUGUUAUAAAACAAAAAUCAUGCGUCGGUCGGGGCGCGUCUUGUGCGCUGUGUUCUAUGUUUGUGUGAUAACUUGAAUCAAAUCCAGUUUAACAACGUAAUACCAAAAACAUUUAUUUCUAACCGUAAAUAUUUGUAGUUUAUAGUUUUUGGAAAAAUCAGAACAGCAGAACUGAAUAUUCCGCUUGAAUGUUUAUUUUUGUAUUCUUAUUUAUUCUUUGGAUGAAUUUUUAAUGUAUUAUAUUUUACUUAUUUAAUACAUGUAAUGUACAAUUCGUUUUUUUUUUGUAUGAUAGUCGUGCGAAGAUUCAAUUUUAUUUGCAAUGGCGCGUGCUCAUUUGUGCGUGUAGAUGUAACGUCUGUUAGUCCUCGCAGUUAUAUUGAUCGACGUUUACAACACUAGUGACUUCUCGCCCUUUCACAUCGUUACCUUACAAUUACAAGGUUGUAGAAGUUAGUAAUUAUAAGGCAGCGAUAAUUACAACAGUUCAUUGAAUGAGUAGAAUGUUUCCAGUGUUGAAUGGUGUAUGGGCCGGACGCGUCCCGCCGACCGACAGCUAUUAUUUAUAUCGUUUAACUUGUUGCUAGAUCUGUUAAGCUCGUGAGUUAUUUGUAAUUAAUAUUUUGUUCUAUUAUUGGUUAUUGGGUAAUGUGAUUCUUUACUUGUAACGCGCGUGCGUCACCGGGGAGCGGAAUGUGGAACUACAAAGUUGGCUAAAACAAUGUUGCUUUUAGAAAAUAUGUUGUAUAGAGACAGCAUUACCACGUGCCUCAGUUAUAGUGCAUACGCAUUGUUGGUGCUAGAUUAUUAUUCGUGGCACUUUGAUACUCGUACACAUAUUUUGUCGCAGGCAUUAAUGCCGCUAGAACGUGUUAUAUAGAAAUCAGGAAUAACAAAAUACAAGCUGUUUGUAGCAGAUAGAAAUAUUGUAUUUUGAUGAAAAUUAAUAAGUGCAUUUCCGCUGGUGACUGCACACGAGAAUAUUGUAUAACGCUAACUCGCGACUCACUGGACUUCGCUCGAUACUUGUAGGCAUACGCGAUCCGUAAUACAGCUUAUAAAAUAUGUACAACUAUUUAUAGCUUGAAGCUAUACGGCUCAUAAUCAAACAUGCUCUAUGUGGCCUUUACCAAAAAAAUAAAUAAUUAUCAGUUUGGAGUGAUUGUGUCGUCGGUAUCGACGCGGUGCAGUGACGCGAGUGUCGGUGCGCUGUAACCGGAGUGAUGUCGGCUGCUCGACGCCAAUCCACGGUCAGAUCGUCUUUAUAACACAGUAACUAAUGCGCCAGAGAAAUACGGUUAUGUCACGGUAUAAGUGCAUAUUUCGAAUGCAUGGUUGUGUUAUUAGGGGUCGAAUUUGUUUAACAAUGAUUGCGUUGUAGGGCCGACACGCCGUCGAGUUACUUUGUAUACAGUUGCAAUAAAAUGAGAUGUCUCAAA